GCGCUGGUUUCUAAAUAAAGCCUCUACGACCGAGACAGGCGUUACUCUAUUUUGGGCACUCUAUUUGCGUUUCAUUAUCAGUAAUUUCUCUCCCAUUGCAGCGUAAUACAUACUAAACAACAAUGAGUGACGCCGAGAAGGAAUUCGUGGAGCGGGUUAAGGUUGGAAGAAGAGAAAUCUGGACGAAGUCAAAUGUCAAGUUGUUAAUGCAUAAUUUGAAGCUGAAUUUUCAGUGCAUGCUAAUUGUCGGAGCAAAAGAAGUCCCCAUAUAGCAUUUAUGGGCAGUGAGAGAAAUGGGGGAAGAGGAAUGAAGUCAGAAAUGACAUUGAAACUGAAGAAAGAAGAAAAGAUGUGUUAUGAAGUUAAGAUCAGAAGUUAUCUGGGAUAAGAUCACAGCGCUAAGUAACUCUUAGUAUGUUUGUCCCAUGCGUGCAUGCAAUCUUCUGUUGUCCAGUUGUAAUACAGUAGCUACUAUUGUCCUGUAGCAUGACAGAUUUACAGGAGUCCCGUUCGACCUCUAGGAGCCCAAGUCCUAGAGGAUCUGCUAAGUCAGCCAGUCGCCUACCUGCUCAGUCGAAAGAGGGGUCCCACCACUCUCGCUCCAGGUCCAAGACUCGGUCCCGUUCCCAUCGGAGUUCUCGCAGACACUACAGUUGUUCACGCUCUCAUUCUCGCCAGAGACGUUCACACAGCCGCUCAUACAGCAGUGAAUACCGUCGCCGCAGCAGUCAGAGUCAUUCUCCUAUGUCCAACCGUAGACGACACGUUGGAGACCGGGCAAACCCAGACCCAAACAGCUGCCUGGGAGUGUUUGGCCUGAGCCUGUACACCACCGAGAGAGACCUGAGGGAGGUCUUCUCCAAGUUUGGCCCUCUGAGUGAUGUCAGCAUUGUGUAUGACCAGCAGUCUCGACGCUCCAGGGGUUUCGCCUUUGUCUACUUUGAGAACAGAGAAGAUUCAAAAGAGGCUAAGGAGCGUGCAAAUGGUAUGGAACUAGAUGGCCGCAGAAUCAGAGUUGACUUCUCGAUUACCAAGAGGCCACACACACCUACUCCAGGAAUAUAUAUGGGCAGACCAACAUAUGGCAGAGACCUGAGUGUAAGUCGUCGCCGUGAUUGCUAUGAGCGUGGAUAUGAUCACUAUGAUGACCGUGACUACUACAACAGCAGGUCAUACAGGAGAAGAUCCCCUUCUCCCUACUUCGGCCGAGGACCAUACAGGUCAAGAUCAAGCUCUCGCUCCUACUCCCCUCGUCAUUACUGAAGUGAAGUUUGACUCUUUUCGCCAUCGCUGAAGCGGAUGAUGAUGACAAUGACAUUAUUGUUGACGUAGAUGUUUAUUUCUGGUGGCAUGAGUUUGGAUGUACUUUAAACUCAAUCCCUUUGAUUUCUUGCCUGAAGAUUUCACAUGUAUUUGACUGAUCUGGAUAUUUCAGUAGUUUGAAUAUGUGUGCACAGUUGAUUUAAUUUUUUCCCCCUCAAUCUGAUGCUGAACUUGCAUUUAUUUUAUAUGAUAAAGUAUCCAGCUCACACCCUAUUAUGUUUUUAUGCAUUUUAAGCUUAGCAGCGGUCUUGCAAUAAACUGCUUUACACCUCCCACCUGA